CACCAGAGUCUUUUAACUAAAAGUUUUAAUUACCCCAGGGUAGGGUAGGGUAGGGUGCAGAGAGAGAGAGGUUGGCUCCCUCCCACGAAAACGAACAGCUAUUAGGUUGUUGCCAGUCAAGCCAGUUUCCCUCUCUAUCCUAUCGUGGUGGUGGCUUGCGAUCUAAAACUAUUUCCUCUCCCUCUCUUUCUCUCUGCUUCUCUCUUCCCUCGAUCGAUCCCAUCUCGUAACCCCCUUCAGUUGCUGCUUGUUGCCGCCACACACUACACUCCUCCCAAUCCCUUCUUCGUACUUUCUUACCGUCUUUCGUCUUUUCGCUCUCUGCCAAUUGCUACUCUCGGUGAUUUUGUCUCUUCGCCCUCUUCUGCCUGCUAUUCUCUCGCGGCGGCUUCAGUCGUCGUGGUCUGGUUGUUGGUCCUGUUCGUUGUCAUUACAUUACUGUCGCUGCUGUCGUGGCCGCGGUCGGGCGCUUUCGAUCCUUGAUCCCAGGGAUAACUAUGGACCAAGCAAACCCCCCUCCUCUCAAACAACGACGUCCUUCCACCAAACUUCACAAACAUCCCCAUCAACUAUCUUCCAGUUCCUGGUCUCUUAAGAAACAACCAAGCGCCACAUCUCUUCGACGACACCCUUCUGCCCCAGUCUAUCCCCGCUCCCACGCUGGUUCUAGCCGUGAACACCUCCGAACCAAAUCCAACGACGCCUUCGGUUCCUCCUCCUCUUCUCUCGAUCAGCACAGCGCUCACCAAUCACCAGUCCUCACCACAGCUCCUACAAACGACUUUGGCCCGUCUUUGUCCAACACCUCUAUCCAUCCCCGCCCUCAAUAUCCCCAUCGUCUUUCCUUUACCGAUCGAAGUUCCGAUGAUUUCAUAGGAAGCGCUUUCGACGCGCGGACUAUGCUCAACGCCCUAGAUUCAUCCAGCCCAGGCGACGAACCCCAGUCUAGCCGUCGUCCACCUCUCCUCCCCUCUUACAACACUAGCCCUGGCCCCGGAUCCUCAAAGCCCUCCCUGAGAGAGUCUGCCAGCUUCACAUCCGCCCCACAACCCAUGGAUCCCUCCCCUACCCCUCCCGCUGAAGAUGGCGCGAACAUUUCAUCGUCAAAGCGAUAUUCUGAUGAGAGCGGAGGUGGUGGCGGCGGCGGUGGCAGGCUAGGUUUGAGUAGACGUAAAACGGGGUUCUCCAACUUCAUGAACAGCAUGCUAGGCUCUCCUCGAAACAUCAAAAUCUCAGCGCCCGAAAAUCCUGUUCAUGUCACCCAUGUUGGAUAUGAUAAUGAAACAGGUCAAUUUACGGGUUUGCCCAAAGACUGGCAACGUAUGCUGCAGGAGAGCGGUAUUUCGAGGAAGGAACAAGAACAGCAUCCACAAACCAUGGUAGAUAUCAUGAAAUUUUACGAGAAAACCGCUGGUGGCCGGGAUGAAGACGAGGUCUGGCACAAGUUUGACCAUGCAGUGGCCCACGAGCAUAAUGACACUGGUCCUGCUUCAAAAGGGUCCCCCGGCGCUCUGGGCCCCAGCUCCUAUACUACACCACUACACCCCAUAAACUCGCCCCCCACCAGUCCAAGAUUCCCUCAGAACCAUGAGGGGAGCUUUGAAAAUCCCAGAGCACCACCACCAAUCCCGCGCUCCUCAUCUGGCGCCAACCCCCUCUCCCCCAACAAAAGUCCAUCCCUGUCUAGUAGAGUGCCAAACCGUGCCGCUCCCAAACCCCCAGUUUUACCAACUAAUAACUUGGUUCCUGUUCGACCUGCCCCCCCACCCCCUAUUUCAAAGGAAAGCGUCAAUGGGUCAAAUCGGCCGGUGCAGGAGUUACCUACGCAUUCAUUUACGACACGACCAGCCCCAGAAUCUAGCCAAUUGCCCCUAGAAACCCGCCCCAGUCGAUCUAAUUCGAAUGCCAAUGAGGCAAGCCUUGGAAGAAACGUCCCGGCACAAGUUACGUCUCCCGCUCAAUAUCAGCAGCUUCAGGAACAAGCCAUUACUGCCGCUCAACAUGCCAUUUCCAAUAAACAGCUGGAGCGUUCAAGAAGCCAACGCCAACAGCAAGGACCACAAUCCCAAUCGCAGCCACCGCGCAUGCAUCGGCAACAUGUCCCUCCUCCUAUUCAACAACAGCACCAACCAUCAACCGGUUUAACAAAUCCGUCGUCGUCGAGGCCUGAACACCAGCAGUUCACACCCCCAACACCUCAACAACACUUUCCCCAAAAGGCACCAGCAAUACAGCAGACACCGCACCAGCAACAGCAGGGUCACCUUGGUCCAUCUCCCCGACCGCGUCAGCGAACCCGUCAGAACAAUGGGUUUGAUAUCAAGGCCCGGCUCAACGCGAUAUGCUCUAGUGGUGAUCCGACCCGUAAGUAUAGGAAUUUGAAUAAAAUUGGACAGGGUGCGUCCGGUGGCGUCUACACCGCUUAUGAGAACGGGACCAACAAAUGUGUGGCGAUCAAACAAAUGAACCUUGAACUUCAACCAAAGAAAGAUCUUAUCAUCAAUGAGAUUCUGGUGAUGAAAGACAGCAAGCACAAAAACAUCGUCAAUUUUAUGGACAGCUUUUUACAUGGAGGCGACCUCUGGGUCAUAAUGGAAUAUAUGGAGGGAGGGAGUUUGACCGAUGUUGUUACCUUCAACAUUAUGACAGAAGGCCAGAUUGCGGCAGUGUGUAGAGAGACUCUCAACGGCCUACAACACCUCCAUUCGAAAGGUGUUAUCCAUCGAGAUAUUAAAUCUGAUAAUAUCCUUCUCUCCCUGGAUGGCAACAUCAAACUCACCGACUUUGGGUUUUGUGCUCAAAUCAACGACUCGCAGAACAAGCGCAACACCAUGGUUGGAACUCCGUAUUGGAUGGCCCCUGAAGUUGUCACACGCAAGGAAUACGGGCGUAAAGUCGAUAUCUGGAGCUUGGGUAUUAUGGCGAUUGAGAUGAUAGAAGGAGAGCCUCCUUAUCUCACCGAAUCACCGCUGCGUGCUCUCUAUCUUAUCGCCACAAAUGGAACCCCAACUAUUAAAGAUGAGCAAAACCUGUCACCAGUUUUCCGAGAAUUUUUGCAUUUCGCGUUGAGGGUUGAUCCGGAGAAAAGAGCUUCUGCGCAUGACUUGCUCAAGCACAACUUCAUGUCCUUGUGCGAGCCGCUUCCUAGCCUCGCGCCAUUAGUUAGAGCUGCCCGAAUCAGCAGGGCCCAGGAGAAGGCCCAGAAAGGCGGUGGCUAGUUCUUAAGACCCUUGUGAACAAUCCAACCUUACACCAGAUGGAAAAUAACCACACUCAACAUCUUCCUCUUCCACUCCUUAACUCCGAUACCCAUGCCUUCUUUAUUACUACUUUAUUAUUUUCCAUCUCUGAUCUAUAUGUCAUCAUCUUAUGCCUUUCUAUUUUACGCCCCCAGGUCCUGCUCAUGAUUUUAGAUGGCCCAAUUUCUGCAUGGAAUAUCCACGUUAAUCUUUUGCUUGUCGACAUUCUGUGUUGUUUCGCUGCACAAUUAUCUGCGGUCUACCCCAAAUAUAGAACGCGCUGAUCUAAAACUUUGACUCUUACGUGUUUCGCUUACAUGUCGUCUCCACACUUGUCUGCCCAUUUGCACCAAAUGUGGGCCACAGCUUGAAUGUAAUUUACUGACGAACGAUGAUAUGCCAGAGUAUGGGGGUGGAUGAAGGUGUGUCCCCUACUUGUAUUCCGACCAGAUAAACAUAUCCUUUUCUCACUUUCGGUCGUUGCUGUCUAUUUUUAUGGUCACUCCCCACACCCACCCCUGAGAAAUCUACAACUUCUUUCUCACCUUUCUUUCUUAUCUCGAAUCCUUUGAUUAUGAACAUAACGUGGGCUUUAUGGCGUCUAGUUUUAAUUGUCAACUACAAUAAAAAAACAAAAAAGGGAUUCAUUUGACUGUUCCAGCUUAUCGAGAAGAUGCAGAUACCUAUCUAUAUCGCCUUCUCUAUCAACCUCCCGCUUUGAACCCUUACUCCUUCAACCCACUCAGGGAUGCAUCUAAUUGCAGUCUUCAUACUUUUAUUCCAUCCCACCUAACACCAGGAGCAUAGACUAAAUAUAUUUUGGUGUGCUCAUGCCUGAAACAUUUCGUACAUGCAUUGGUUAUCCUUAAUAGAUCCUUCAUAAGACGUUUCUUAUAUUUGAGUUGUUUUCCAGGAUCUUAUUGCACCUGUCUAUAACAGCCUCAUUCACAAUAUAUUCCAUAGCGGCGUUCUCCAUUUAUCGACAGUAGUAUUGAUUCUUCAUGAUUUGCCGCUCAUUCCCAAUAAUGAGAGUAAUAUUGUGGACGGGUAUUUUGGUUAGAGACACAGUUGAACAUCCAUAGUUUUUUUUUAUCAAUUCAUCAUAACUACAUAUUUUCACUAGACCUAUGUCUCUGCUGAUGCGAUGCAGUCCCAACUCCAUCAUUAUUAGAUCUCAUGAUGAUAAUAGGAUCUGUAUAUGCGCAUGUGAAUGAAAGUUAGCUUGAAUG